GUCAUAAAAUGUUGUGAAAAUGCCACAGUCAUUAUUUGUUUUGUAUGAGCAUGCCUCCGGGUAUGGCCUAUUCCGAGUUAAGGAGUUUGAAGAGGUGGCUACAUUUAUUCCGGUGGUGGAGAAGAGUACAGUUGAUGUCAGCAAAUUCCAGUCCAUCGUCAAGCUGGUUGCCUUUGCACCAUUUAAGAGUGGAACCAAUGCACUCGAUAACAUGAACAGUAUCUCGGAAGGGGUUCUUCAUGAGGAUCUACAUGUUUUCCUGGAGUCCAAUGUUCCCAAGGGAGGAAAGAAAGACAAAGUGGUUUUGGGGGUUGCAGAUGCUAAAAUAGGAGCUGCCAUCACAGAAGAGCUUGGGAUUAAGUGCACUCAUAUUGGGGUGGUUCCAGAAGUGAUCAGAGGAAUACGACUUCACUUCCCAAACAUGGUAAAGGGCCUAACAGAGGUGUCUUCAGCCAAAGCUCAACUCGGUCUGGGUCACAGCUACUCCAGGGCAAAGGUCAAGUUCAAUGUCAAUAGGGCGGAUAACAUGAUCAUCCAGAGCAUCAGCUUAAUGGACCAGCUGGACAAGAAUAUCAACACAUUUUCUAUGAGGAUGAGAGAGUGGUACUCGUAUCAUUUCCCAGAACUGGUAAAAAUCAUCUCGGACAAUUACUUGUAUGCCAAGGUGGUCAGGUUGAUUGGGAACAGGAAGGAGUUUACUGAUGAGUCCCUGGAACAGCUGGAGGAACUCGUGAUGGACAGCGGCAAGGCUCAGGCCAUACUGGACGCCAGCCGAUCAUCCAUGGGAAUGGAUAUCUCCCCAAUUGAUCUGAUGAACAUUGAGGCCUUCACUGCUAAAGUGAUUUCAUUAACAGAGUACAGGAAAGGACUGGCUGACUAUCUCAGGAGCAAAAUGAAAGCCGUGGCUCCUAAUUUGGGAACUCUCAUUGGUGAUCAGGUUGGGGCUCGCCUGAUUGCACAUGCAGGCAGUUUAACAAAUCUGGCCAAAUAUCCAGCAUCUACAGUGCAGAUUUUGGGAGCUGAAAAGGCACUGUUUAGGGCCAUUAAAACCAAGGGAAAUACUCCCAAGUAUGGGCUUAUCUUCCACUCCACAUUCAUUGGUCGAGCUGCAGCCAAAAACAAAGGGAGGAUUUCCAGAUACCUAGCCAACAAGUGUUCCAUUGCCUCACGCAUUGAUUGUUUCUCAGAGAUCCCUACUCAGGUAUUUGGGGACCAUCUAAAACAGCAAGUGGAGGACCGCCUUAAGUUUUUGGAUACGGGGGAGGCACCUCAGAAAAACAUUGACGUAAUGCAUGAAGCAGUGCAAGAGGCAGCAGUUGUUCAGGCUAAAGUAGCAAAGAAAGAGAAGAAGAAAAAGAAGAAAGAGAAGAGGAAGUCCUCAGCUGAUGAUACCCUAGAUACGACACAGGAGGCGGAUACCACACAGGAAAUGGACAUUUCACAGGAGGAGCCCAAGAAAAAGAAGAAGAAGAACAAGAGAAAGUCUGAGGGUGAGGGCCUGGAUACCACCCAGGAGAUGGACACCACCCAAGAGGAGGAGCCACCCAAGAAGAAGAAGAAGAAAAAGCCCAAGGUGGAGGCUGAGGAAGAAGAGUCGGAGGAGGAGGUGUCAAAGAAGAAGAAAAAGAAGAAGAACAAGUAAUGGUUUUAAGAUGAGAAGUAUGCUCUCUGACCAGGGAAAAAAUAUAUUGUACAUCUUACUUAAAUGAUGUAAAUGAUUACUUAAGUAAUGGUUUUUUAGAGGAGAAAUGUUUUCUCUAAUCUGUGAGAGAACAGAUUCGUACAGCUUACCAAUUUAGGUUUAAACCCAUAGUAACAUGGAGGAGUCUUCUUUUUAGACAUUUUAUCGGCUUCAUUUUGUUGAAGAUGUGCUAAUUUUAUAAAGAUAAUGCUUGAUUGGGUACAUGCUGUUAUAGUAUAUUCUGUGUUUACUUUGGUUACAGUCUUUUUGUUUUAAUAUGAUGAAAUGUUAUUGUUAAGAUCAAGCAAUAAAAAGAACUUUAAUAGUAACUGUGCAGUAAAGUGUAAUGUUACAUAGUUAGGAAAAUUUCUUGAAAUCAGUUAGAUU